AUGGCGCCGAAGAAGAAGGGAAACAGGAAGCAGGAGGAGGACUGGGAGGCAGAGCUCGGAGAGAGCAUUCCUGCUGCGGGUGGUGAUAGCCCAGCUCAGGAGGAGGCUCCCGAAACUGCUGAUGAUGGACAGGGCGCCCCCGCUGGUGGCCUGCUCGCCGCUCUGAGGAAGAACAAGAACAAGAAGGCCAAGAAAGGCAAGCAGACAAACGACUUCGUCGAGGGCGAGGACCCUACGCAAGAGGCCGACGGCGAUGCGGACCUUGCCAGCAAGCAGCCUGAGGAGGGCACGUUCGACGAGGAUGAUGUUUUCGCUGGAAAGAAAAGCAAGCCUAUCAAGGCCGCACCUUCGCCGCCUGAGCCCGCAGACGAGGAUACCGGCCCUCGCGUAAAGACAAAGAAGGAGAAGGAAAGGGAAAAGAAGGAGAGGGAGAAGCAGCGAAAGAAGGAACAGGCCGCGAAAAAGAAGACCACCGAACCUAAACAGCCCGAGCAAAAGAAGCCUGAAGCGAAGAAGGAGGAGCCUGUUGCUGCUGCCGCCGAGGCUGCGCCCGAGCCUGCCACUGGUGGCAAGAAGAAGAAGGUCCCCGCUCACUUGGCUGCGAUCCAGAAGCAGCAGGAAGCUCUCAGGAAGCAGCGCGAGGAGGAAGAACGCGUUCUAGCAGAAGCGCAGGCUGCUGAGGAGGCGCGACGACUCCAGGAUGAAGAAGAGGCCAGGAAGAAGGAGGAGGCUCGCCAAAAGAAGAAGGAGAAGGAGAAGGAGAAGAAGGAACAACUGAGAAGGGAAGGAAAGCUGCUUACCAAGGCUCAGAAGGAAGCUAAGGAACGCAAUGAGCUCCGUAUGAAGCAAAUGCUCGCUGCGGGUGUUGGUACAGUUGCUGGGUUGCAGAAAGACCAGGAAGAGAAGAAGCGACCUGUCUACGAGAACAGGAAAAAGAAGGGCCCGAAGAAGCACGAGGAGGACCUCGAGGCUGCUGCUGCUCGGGCUAAGGCUCAACGUGAGGCCGAAGAUGAGCGACGACGAAAGGAGGAGGAGGAGCGGAAAGCCAAGGCCGAAGCUGAAGCUGCCGCUGCCGCCACGGCUGCUGGCGAGGAGAGUGAGAUUGAAGACUGGGAGAAGGCCGCCGAUGCCGAGGAUGUGAAAGACAGCUGGGACGCGCCUAGUGAUGAAGAGGAGGAGAAGCCCGGCGCUACCAACGGUGAAGAGAAGACGCUACCAGAACGGCCUGCAGCCAAGUCCGCCUCACAGGAGGAAUCAGAGGAGGACUCCUCAGAAGAAGACUCUGAUGAAUCCGACUCUGAAGAUGAAGAACAGUCCGCGGCUCAAAAGGCAAUUGCCCAGAGGAAGGCGGAAGCUGCUGAGCGGAGAAAGAAGCAGCACGAGGAGGCUUUGGCUGCCCGGUCAAAGGACAACCUGCGUUCCCCCAUUUGCUGCAUUCUUGGUCACGUCGAUACUGGUAAGACCAAGCUGCUGGAUAAGAUUCGACAGACAAACGUCCAAGAAGGUGAAGCUGGUGGUAUCACGCAACAGAUUGGUGCCACUUACUUCCCUGUCGAUGCUCUGCGUCAAAAGACUGCUGUCGUCAACAAGGAUGGCUCGUUCGAGUUCAAGAUCCCCGGUCUGCUCGUUAUCGAUACCCCUGGUCACGAGUCCUUCUCCAACCUGCGAUCAAGAGGUUCGUCUCUUUGCAACAUUGCCAUUCUUGUUGUCGAUAUCAUGCACGGUCUUGAGCCCCAGACUCUUGAGUCCAUGAGGCUGCUCCGUGACCGCCGCACUCCCUUCAUUGUCGCUCUAAACAAGAUUGACCGUCUGUAUGGCUGGAAGAAGAUCGACAACAACGGUUUCCAGGAGAGUUUGGCUAUGCAGAGCAAGGGCGUCCAGAACGAGUUCCGCACUCGUCUCGAGCGCACCAAGGUUCUCUUCGCCGAACAGGGUUUCAACUCUGAGCUCUUCUACGAGAACAAGUCCAUGGCCCGUAAUGUCUCUCUCGUACCCACCUCCGCCCACACCGGUGAGGGUGUUCCCGACAUGUUGAAGCUGUUGACUACCCUGACCCAGGAGCGUAUGACCAACUCUCUCAUGUACUUGUCCGAGGUUGAGUGUACUGUCCUCGAAGUCAAGGUCAUUGAGGGUCUUGGUACCACCAUCGAUGUCGUUCUCUCCAACGGUAUUCUCCGAGAGGGUGAUCGAGUCGUGCUGUGCGGUCUCAACGGACCUAUAGCAACUAAUAUUCGAGCGCUGCUUACACCCGCUCCUCUCAAGGAGCUCCGGUUAAAGUCACAAUACGUCCACAACAAGGAGGUAAAAGCCGCUCUUGGUGUUAAGAUUGCUGCCAACGACCUUGAACAUGCCAUCGCUGGUUCGCGUCUCAUGGUCGUCGGACCUGAUGACGACGAGGAGGACAUUGAGGAAGAAGUUAUGUCCGAUCUCGAGAACCUCCUCAGCAAGGUUUCCAAGGAUCAGCGCGGUGUCAGUGUCCAGGCCUCUACCCUUGGUUCCCUAGAAGCCCUGCUCGAGUUUCUGCGUGUCUCCAAGAUUCCCGUUGCCAACAUUUCCAUCGGUCCCGUCUACAAGCGCGAUGUCAUGAUGUGUGGUACCAUGUUGGAGAAGGCCAAGGAGUACGCGGUCAUGCUUUGCUUCGAUGUCAAGGUUGACAAGGAAGCUCAAGCUUACGCUGACGACGUCGGUGUCAAGAUCUUCACCGCAGACAUCAUCUACCACCUGUUCGAUGACUUCACCAAGCACAUGGCUGAGCUCACAGAGCGCAAGAAGGAGGAGGCCAAGCUCCUUGCCGUCUUCCCCUGCGUUCUCAAGACCGUCGCCGUCUUCAACAAGAAGGACCCCAUCGUCAUCGGUGUCGAUGUCGCUGAGGGUAGUCUCCGCCUGCACACCCCUAUCUCUGCCAUCAAGACCAACCCUACCACCGGCGCCAAGGAAUUCGUCGAACUCGGAAGAGUUGCCGGUAUCGAACGUGACCACAAGCCCGUCAACGUCGUCAAGCGAGGCCAGCCCUCCGUCGCCGUCAAGAUCGAGGGCGCCAACCAGCCCAUGUACGGCCGUCAACUCGAAGAGUCCGACACGCUGUACUCCCAGAUCUCCCGCAAGAGCAUCGACACCCUCAAGGAGUUCUACCGCUCCGAUGUCUCCAUGGAGGAGUGGGCUCUUAUCAAGAAGCUCAAGCCUGUCUUCGACAUUCCUUGA